AUGACCUGGGACAUGACACUCGAGGAGCUCGCUGAGAAGCAAUACAAGGAGUUGCAAAAUGGCCGCCUGGCCAUGCUAGCCUUCGCAGGCAUGGCAACGCAAUACCUGGUGACGGGUCGCGCAGUUGGCUUUGCGGAUGACCAGCAACCCUUCAGCUUCAUCCAAGGGUCGGCGAUGCGAAUCCUGGAGAUGCUCUCUGAAUUGCUCAUGCUACGACCAGACCAUUUUGUACAAAAGGGACACUUGUUGGAAAAGAUCGAGUUCGAGCUGGAGACUUCAAAAGCCAUGCUGCUACAGCACUCCAAAGGACUGCUGGGCAGUGAUUUGGCAGAACUCAGAAUUCAGAAAUCGGAAAAGAAGGCGCUGUUCGACAAGAUCGCAAAGCGGAAUCGGUCCUUCACACAAGACAUUGCCGGGCAAAGACAACGACUUCGCCAUUUUUCUGAUGAGCAUGCCCAGGUUGUCAGCAGGAUUCUGAAAGAAGCGAAAGAAGCAAGCAGUUUGCAGGCCUUUGGACGAGAGACUCAAGCCUGUAUGCUGGCUGUGUUCGAACACAAGCUGAACUCGGUCUUCUCAGUGCCGCUGGAUCGAAAGCCAAGCGAAGUGCAGGCAGCACCAACCCAACCCACAAGGCUUGAGAACAGCUUUUUGAAAGAGCGGGUGAGCUCGUUGGAGCAGCAAGUCGACCUCCUGACGCAGAAAAUUGCCACGGUCCAGCGGCAACAUGCGGUCCUGAUCGCGACGAAGGACCCUGGUGUGACCUUGCCAGCAGGGGUCACGGCUGGACAGGCAGCACAGCAGCUGAAGGUGACCGAGGAGCAGAUUGAGCAAUUCCAGGAAGAUGGAGUCAUCAUGAUCAAGGGCGCCAUGAAGGAAUGGGUUGAGUACCUGCAGAAGGUUACUGAAGACCAAAUCGAAAAGCCCCACCUUUGGUCUUUGGUUGGCCGGAUGAGUGGUAUGUAUGACUACAUUCAGCGUAACAUGUGGAUGACAAACAAUGGUUUCCGUGAUUUCCUUUACUACUCACCGCUGGGGCACGUGGUAUCGCAGUUGGGGAAGACUGAGGAAGUUCGCUGCUCCACUGACAUGCUCUUGGUGAACCCCAAUCGUGGCUUUGGUUGGCAUCAGGACAACCAGAAUGGGCCCAUCGACUUUAAAGACGCAAUCCGUUGGUGGGUCGCAAUGGAUCCUUGCGGCCAGGAUGGCAUUGGAGCUCCUGAGUACCUGCUAGGCUCUCACCGAAAUCAGUCCGUGAGCAGUGAUGCAGUUUUUGUGAGUCUGGAGGACGGCGACCUGAACACUUUCCCAAGGAAGACCAGGUACACGCCAGAGCCCGGAGACUUGAUUAUUUGGGAUGCCCGCACUAUCCAUCGCAUUGUCGCACCACCUGGCCAGAAGUGGGAGGAUGGCACACAGCGUCGCGCAAUUGGUGGCACCAUGGCCAAGGCUGGAGCCACAUACAUCAACAAGGGUGGUGCAAGUGGAAUCAGCGACCUGGCAGGACACAAUCAGCUCAACGGUGAACCAUUGGGUGGACCAUACUUCCCUCGCAUCUACCCAACACGCGUGAAGGAGGAGGAGGACUACCGCGCAGAGAACCGCAUUGUUGGCCGCUCUCCCCAGAAGAUCGCGAACCUGGGUGUGACGCUGGCCUCCAACGCAAGCAAGUACGUUUCUUUUACAAAGGUCGUCGGGAAGAAAGACUGA